CUAAUGGACCCAGUGUUGGGGUCUUUGUGACGGGACCGCAUGAUGAUGUCAAAGCAACUGUUGCCACGGCAACAACAGCAACACACUAUAAAAUAAAGAAGAAAAAGUCAACACUUGAUAAACAACACUUGUUAACAUGGUCCUUCAUUCUGCUUGUGUGGACAUGUUUGUCCUCUGGAGGGCGCUGCACAGCUGCCUCCUCUGGUGGGUGGGGAUAGUGCGUAUCAAUGUGCAGUGCAGCACACACUCUGAGCCACAUGAACAAGAACACGACAUGGAAUACUACACGGACCGCAUGAUCCCAUACAAGAACUUCACUGGACCACAUGACUGGACUGAGCUCCUUGAAGUGGUCCAGUGGGUCAAGAUGCUUAUGGCUCUGCUCAGUGCACUCGGUUCCGCUUCCAUCAUUGCCUGUAUGAUGUCAGAACGACGAAGCGGAACCUCAAAGCGCCGGCCCCAGGUUUUGCUCAGUGUUUCAGACCUGCUGCUCGCCCUCUGCUGGCUGCUAGGGGGCACACUUGCGUCUCUGCGCUGCCUCAGCUGGUACCACCUGCACACAGCCCAGCAGGUUGUAUGCAUGGCGUCCUUCUUCUACACACUCAACUAUGUGUGGAGUGUCUACAAUGGCCUACGACUCAGGUUCUCCUGCGGCCCACAUCAUCACCCUGGACAGUUUUCCAAGCAAGGGAUCUGGGCUGCCAACUUGAUGCCGUUGCUUUGUGGCGUGGUUCCGGUCCUCCUGAUGGCACCAGUGUUCAUCCAAGGAAGUGUCAAUCAGUGCGGCGCCAACUGUAGCAACUCGUACAGAUGCCCGCUGAUGCUUCCCAUUGCCGCUCGGCAGCCAAUCAGAGCCUGUCUUGUGCUGCGCGGCUACUGUGGCACCAUCUUCCUCGCCACAUUCCUCUUUACGCUGGUCAGCAUGAUGGUGCUCAUGGGAAAGGCUCGUCGUGUGUACCGGCGAGUAGUGAUGUCACAUGGUUACCUUGGCAGCCAGCAGCAGGCCUCCUUCCGUUCGCUGGACUUCCGGAUACUUGCGUACCCGCUCGUCUUCGCCCUCUGCUGGGGACCCGUGGCAUGUUUGGUGCUCAUGCGUGUGCUGAUGUCAUCGGAGGACAUGUGCGUGGCUGCGGUGAUCCUCUACAUCGCUCAGGCCUUCACAUCGCCGUCUCAAGGCAUCCUCCAUUGCGUUCUGCUGGCGUGCACACGUGUGUGGCACGCGGGCCAGCCGCUCGCUUGGCGACACGCCGACACUCAGACGCCGCUGCUGCGAGCACAGAAGACGAAGAAAAGCUAUCACACCUGACCAUGAUGUCAUCACUUUCACUUUGACUUGUGGGAAAAGUCCCUCUGAGCCCUCGGAGAUUCCCGCCAAAAGAGGAAGAAGCACGCUGGAAGAGGAAGUGAUCAAACGUCACAUAUGUUGUCAUGAGACUCAUGGCGGAAGGAGACCAAGAUCAAUGAUGACAUCACAGUAAUAAAAGGUAAUGAUUCUUGUCUUUAGGUCUGGUCUCGUUUCAGUCUUUGCGGGCCACCGGUGCUGACGUGUGGUUCCUGGGCAGAAUUUCUCUACACUCAGCCCCCAGUGCACCCCCACCCGCACUCAUCCUUUGGCAGCACUACAAAGAACUUUCUGUUAAUGAGGACAACUCAUUCUCGGCACCGCUUGUUAUCAUGGCAACCACAACAUCAGAGCACGUGGAAGCUGUCGUACAAACAUGUCCACGCUGACGUGCACUGCCGGAGUCUAUUACAUAAUGUUUUCGAUCAGCGUGCAGUGACGUAACCUCACGCAUCCCUGCCUCCAUUCCAUAAUAGUGGCUUAACUUUCACUUCUGCCAAGUAGCGAGUAUGUCUCCAUGGUAACUGUUAAUGUACCAACCAAUCAGUGACAUCAUCAGCUGGUCCUCUAGUGGAGGAGUCUUUUAUUACUCUUUGUUGUGUUAAUUAGUCAUCAAUUAGCCACCAAUCAAUGACGUUUUUUGAUUCUCGAAGACGAAGAAGCCGUUCAGAGCUGCAGCGAUGAGUUGUGAGUCCUGGAAGUGGUGUAGCGUGCAUCCUGGCACAUGAAGGCUUCCCACCUGCCAAAGUGGGCGGAGCUGCUGGCACUUACGCCACCAAUGACAGGCAGGUAGGAGUGAUGGAGGAUGGGCAGCUGGACGGACAAUCGGCGCCGCACGCUGACAGAUGCAAAAAUGAUGACACUGACGUUUCAAGGCUGCAGAUUGAUUGACAUGUGACAGGACGUGGACUCACAGGUCAGGAGCGUUGACAUCAGUUGGAUCCUCCUUGGCCUCUGACCUGACCUCUGCCGCUGGACCACCAGAGUGUGACGACAGGUUGUACACGCAAGAUUCAAACAGCAAACCGCUGGCACUUCCUGCGGCGCUCUGACCAAGCUGCGCCUCCAAAGCCUCACAAAGCGUGUCAAUUUGAGCAUCCAGCUGUAAGGACAUUUGCAUGUGACUGGCUGCACUUCCUGUUUGUCCUCAUAUUUGCCCUCACCUCGGCUUUUUCAUGUUUCAGCAGUCGGUUGAGCUUCUCUUCAGUCCUGCCCCCUGUAGUUCCUCCCUCUGUAGCCCCGCCCCCUCCACUCUGCAGCUGGCUGAUGUUGGAUGUUGAGUUGAUGAGCUAAACACAAACGCAAAGCAUCACAGACGCUCGCUCUCCUGAAAGAAGGCGGGGUUAGAAAGCAGCCUGCUGACCUUGACUCCCAACAUGGCAGUGAGGACGAGGAGGUCACAGGCAAGGAUGAGAGUGCUGGUCACGCAGAAGUGAAGUGAAGGAUUGUGGGACAAGAGCGGCCAAGCGCACGCUCCCGCUACACUGAACGCCACCACCGCCAACAUACUGAGUGCCAGGCUUGUGCUGCGCCUUCUGAUGUUCCACGCCACGAAACAUCCCAGACCCUGGAAGUGACCCAUUUCAAAAUAAAAGCACUGAAGUUAGCUUGAGUACAACGUGUCACGAAGUCCAUUAGCCGCCCAAACCUGUGUGUGUGUGAGAUUACCAGUAGAGGUGCUUUGUAAGCAUAAAGGAUGGUGGUCCACAACUCCAUGUUGAUGCUGCUGCAGCCAUCAGUGUGUGUCAACAUGACAACACCCCGGUGGGCGGAGUCACUCUGAAAAGCAAAUUGGAUAGACUCCAGCUCACCCUGACCUGCACAAUUAAUGCGGCUCCACCUGUUGCCAUUCAGCAGAAUAAGUCAUGGCCCCUUGUUGGUGCGACAGUUUUCUCAUGUCAAAUACCUUUUGCUCAAUAAAGGUUCUAGAAGAACUUGUCUCACCUCAGGCCUGUGCUGCGUCACCACCCGCCUGAGAGGGUCCACCAUUUGCCAGGUGGUCAAAACAAACACGUCCAGCAGGGCUAAGACCAGCGCCAUGUAGCAUGGAGGCGGCACACGAGCUCGCCGCGAGAAACACUGCCAUGUUUGAAUGAAGACUGCAGAGUAUCCCAGAGUUUGACCCAACAACAGAACCCACAAACGAACCUGUGACAUGUGACAUGUUGCUGUCAUCAUGGUAACACAUUCUGGAAUGUCUGAUGAUGCUGAAGUAAGCAGAACAAUUUGUACAGCAUGUAACAAAGUACAUGGUGUGUAACAUAACAUGUAGUCCGUAUGCUGUAUAACGUAUAUGGAAUGUAUUGUGUAAGGUGUGUAGCAUGUAACAUAGGAUGUUUUGUGUAAGGUGUAACAUGUAGGGCGUGGUGGUUACAAACAAAGAUGGCCGAGCUGACCGAACAGAGAAGGUGGAGCGUCGGUCGGGGCAGCGAGCCGUCAUCGAGGCCGGUGGCCAAGACGGAGGCGGCGGAAAAAAGGACGGCCAGCAGCAGCAUUGCAUCCUGGGAAGCGGCCGUGUUGGCGUCAAGGUCGUACCAUGUGCAGAACUUGAUGGCGAUGACGCAGAGGACGAGCAGAGAAACUGCGGCAAUUAGAGUGGCGACCGCUGACACUACCUUGCUGACGCGCACCUGAGUCUGGUCUGUGGGCGGAGCAGAACCUGCAUGAGCAAACGCUUGGCAUCACGGCGGCCAUCUUUGCACGGAGCAACAUGAACAUAAAACAGGUAACCUUUGAACUUGAUCAGGUGCUUAGCCAGUCGGAGUUGUUGUGUGUGGCUGACGAACUGCCCCACCACCACUAGAUUAUCACCUGUGAGCGCACACACGCGGUCAGUGGUCACGUCAUCACACACACACACGUGCACACACCUUGAGACUGGAUGAGCUGGAUAGACGUCAUUCGUUCACCAUCUUGGAAGGCAAUUGGACCCUGAGAAACACAACAUGAUGUCACUGUGGUGACUCCGCCUCCUCACAGACAAACGGGAAGUGAGCAGUCCACUGACCGUCAUGCCAUCAAAGUGCGUUCGCUUCAUGGCAUCCAACAGCUCCCUCGUCACCUCCUCCUCGCUGACGCUGAUGUUUUGGUUGUAUUUCGCUCGCCGCUUCACCGCCUCCAUCACCUCGCACAGAGCAAUGGCUGCCACCCACACGGCGUCAUAGGCGAAGGCGUUGAGCAGGCUGACCUUUGCCCUGUGCUGGAGAACCUGUUGCUUGGAGACGUCCUGGUAGUGCUGAGGCAUCUGUGGAUACGUCAGUGUCGAGUCAGCACACAGGAACACGGGCCAACAAAAGUGUCGACUUAGAGCACACCCUUCCAGAAACUCCUGGCAUGUUGGUGAUGCCAACACGUGUGACCUGCAGCCAGAUGGCACCGUCCGCCACCGCCAGCACGUCAUCAGCUGUGCAGUUAGAAACCUGAGACGAGGACUUCCAUCCUGGCUUUUCUCCUCCUGCAACGAUCCACUGAUGUCCUGAAGCAAACAGCUUCAAUCUGGAGGCCUGAACACGUGAGGAACACACUCUGAGCGUACUAUAAACACAAAAUGAACACAUGACGAUCACGCUAUGAACACACUGAACAUUUGAUGCUUUAAAAAGUCAACUUACACAGCAGAAAACCUGAGAGACAGAAUCUUCAUCAGAGUGUGUGAGGAUGAUGAAGAUCCGCACAUCAUGUUCCUGUUGUAAUGUGAUGUAACAUGAUGUCACGUGCAAUACAAUCAGAAUGUGGACGUCAAAGGCGCACCAUCAUGUCCAUCAGACCACUGCAGGCGUCACUGCGGAGUGUCGUCAUGGAAACGAGCUCAAGGCCGGCCUUCAUCAGCUGUCUGCUCAGAUCCUCUGCUAUCUGAAUUACAAAAGCGCAGGUCAAAGGUCAUGGGGUCAUUCAACAAGGGCACCAAAGGGUCAGUCACCUCCUCGGACCCCUCCUGCGCAAUGACGCCAACACGUGUCCACCUGUAGCGCUGCAGGAGUUUGACGGCAGCCUGACUGACAGCCCGACCUGAUGGCACUGUGCUGAAGGUGUUCCCACACCACUUCCUGUUGGACAGACUGGGGGCUGCAAAUGACACCUGUGUGUGUGUGUGUGUGUGUGUGUGUGUGUGGUGGGGAGGGCAGGAAAUGAAACAUCAUAAUGUCACAGCUGAAUCCGCUCCAUGUCAGUACCUGAACCAUCCUGAACGCUGGCAGCGCACGAGCCACCAGCGGCGUCACGGAAGGACACGCCCCGCCAAAAAGCAGGCGAUACUUAGGCCCCGUCCACAUGGCAUCAAACAAUGCUUUGAGAGCAGCUGACACGUCACACUACAAGAAACAACACUGAAAGCCAUCAUGGUGUAUGGACCUUGUUACUUAAAGCCAAGCUUGCUAGUUUUGUGUUCGCAAACAUCUCCCAUCAUGCAUUUGGGCUCCUACAACGUGACAUCGGCACCAACCUGCAAGUCCACCACGUCAAGUUGGAUGUCAUAGUUUCCCAGAGGUGGAGCUUGCUUGCUCAGUUCCUGCAAGGCCAGUUGCACCGUCAUGUUGACCACGCCCCUGUGAUCCGCGGGCCUCAUCCACAGUACAGGAAGCGGGUGACGGACCCGGGUUGGUAUCGAGUCAAGCACUGGGCAGCAGAACAGGAGACAACAGAGCGGGCCCAGCAUGGCGAGCAUGUCUAUGGCUUUCCUGUAGGAGGGCAAUGCUAAUCUGACCUCAGAGGAUCAAAGGCUCAGUCACCAUGGCAACAGGACUGACUCCUGAAGCCAUCAUUGAUUACCUAUUAUUUUUAUUGAUCACUACGUUUUGCACUUUUUUGGCUCAAAUUUAGUAAAAAUUCCAGUUAAGCAUUGCUGUCGAACAUUGUAAUCCUUCUAAUCAAUAUUUUCUUUUAAUGACACAAAAUAAGUGUGCACAUUUAGUGUGUUGUUCAAUUUUAUAAAAAAAAAAACUUUAAAUAAUAUCAACAAAUCAAGGUGAGUCAUAUGGCAGUCACAGGAAACAGCAAGUGACAUCAUGUCCAAUCAGGUUUUGAGAUCAGCUGUCCGCUUUGAAAUCUCUAGAACGUCCCCUCCCCCUGGCACCACCCCCACAUCCCCUCUUCCUCUUGUGAGCACCCCGUCCUCCCCCCUCCUCUCUGGUGGAGGCAUGGGUGUGGGCCCACAGGCCGUCAAAGCGGCCCGGCGCCUGGUACCCGGGCUGCUGGCGGUCCAGAGGGUCCCUGGAGAGAAGGAUCCAGAUGGCGGGCAGCUUCCUGCUGACCGUGAGGCUGUCCAGACCGGCGGCGGGCUCCAGCGGCUCCCACACGUCCGUCACGGUGUUGUUGGCAAGCUGGGUCAGCUGAUGCAGGCCCCUCACACGCCGCUUCAGGAGCUCGGCGCAUGUGAUGGCUUUGGACACGCCCUUUCCGCUCGCCGUCAACACCAGCUGGCGGCAAAGGGGCGGGCCCUUGUUGACCCCGCCUCCACCUUCCUCAUGGGCUGCUGCUUCGGGCUUGACCUCCAUGCGGUCAAGGACAUAGCGCAGCAGGUUGCGGAUCUUGCUGCCAUCUUUGACGCGGACCUCCGGUGUGUUGGCAGUGAGGCUGAACGGACAAACAGACGGCUGGUCCACGCUGCGAGCUUUACUGUAGUUCUCCAUCUACGAGCACAUACACACGAACACAAAAUCAUGAGACUUGCGACACGAGCGCCCCUUAGCGUCCAUAGACGGUAUUUAAUAGUUAAGAGAAAAUGUAGGGAGUCCAACGUCGGGUCACUAAUGCGUCACCCCGGCAAAUAAAUGGCGACCAUCCGUGAGGGGCUUCAACACAUUUGUUGUAAUUAAAUCAACUUUACGGUACACGGUGACAGGACAUUACUUUUACUGUUACAUGGUCAAAUUAUAAGGUCGCCAUUUCCUUCUCAUAGUCUUGUGCUUCUGAUUAUUACACAAAUCACACCUUAAAGUAUUCCACAUUGACGAAAACAACAAAAACAAAACAACUGACGGCGCGAGCAGCGACUAAACAUCCUGUUGCAAACGCGCACACACAACUAAGGUGUAAUCAUGCUAAGCUAAUUUUAGCAGCCAUGCAAGGCUACAAACGGCCAACCUUUUCAUUCAAUUAAACUGUCGUGAGAGCAAAACACACACACACGCGCGUUCCAAAAAGUGCUAUCUGUGUCCUUACAAGGAAUUGUUCAAAUCUUACUGUUGCUUUCCUCUCACCGAGCUUUUUCCUCACGUUUAACACUGCCGCAAAGCGAAG